AUGUCCCCACCAUUCACGCUCGUUCUCGUCGCUCUUUUCGCCUACCUCAAUGCCUCCACGGCCAACGCCGCCUCCUCAGCCCAUGCCAGCAAGAUCGGAACUCUCACCGCUCACGGCUUCACCGACGAGAAGUGGAUCAAAGGAUUCGAGAAGGCAAAGGCUGUCGUCGCCGGCAUGUCGCUCGAGCAAAAGGUCAACUUUACCGACCUUUGGAUCACUUCUUCGACCGGAUGCUCCGGUCAGACCCGCCCGAUUGAGGGCAAGGUGCCGAUGCUGUGCUUCGCCGACACGCCGACCGGCGUCAACUCCCGCUACUCGACCCAGUUUCCCGCCGGCGUCACCACCAUCGCGACCUGGUCUCGGGACCUAAUCUCCCGCCGUGCCGACGCGAUGGGCCACGAGUUCUCGCUCGUUGGAGCUCACAUCCCCAUGGCAAUUGUUGCGGGCCCGAUGGGACGCUCCGUCUUCGACGGCAGGACCUGGGAAGGGUUCGGAGUCGAUCCGUACAUGUCGGGCAUUGCGACUGGCCUCAGCGUCGAGGCCUUCCAGAAAAACGGCGUGAGCGGAAUGAUCAAGCACUACUUUGGCAACGAGCAAGAGUACCUCCGCAUCGGCGUCGCAGGCGGCUACUUCCCUUCGAACAAGGACACCACCAUCAAUUCGGUCAUCGACGACGCUACGGUUCACGAGACGUACCUCUGGCCGUUCGCUGAGGGUGUGAGGGCUGGCGCUGGCCACAUCAUGUCGAGUUACAACAAACUCAACGGCACGCUUGCCAGCGAGUCGCGCCAUGCGCUCAUCGACCUUCUGAAAGUCGAGCUCAACGCGCACAGCGCUGUCGUCUCCGACUGGGGUGCCGCCUACGACACCGUCGAGGCCGCCAAGAACGGGCUCGACUUCGUCGAAGGAGGCGGUCCGACCUCGAAUAUCUUUGGCGCUGCUCUCGGCGCGUACAUCAAGAACGGCACCUUGCCGAAGGACAUCAUCGACGACAAGAUCGUCCGUAUGCUCACUCCUUACUUCGCCCUCGACCAGAAGACGCUUCCGUCCGUUAACAUCCAGCGCAAGAUCCUGAACAAGAAGUCGACCCAGGUCGUGCUCGACAUUGCCGAGGAGUCGAUCACGCUUCUCAAGAACGCUCGCACGGAGAAGGACAAGCGUGGUCUGCCGCUCGAGAAGCCUACCGACAUCCUCGUUGUUGGACCGCAGGCGGUCCCGGGCCCGUACGGCAUCACGAGCAACUUCGCCUCCGCCUUCUUCGCUCUGCCGACCAACGACUACAACGGCACGAUCACGAAUGGCCUGGGAUCCGGCGGCUCGCCCGCUCCUUACGUUGUCGACCCGCUUACCGCCAUCUCCCAGCGAGCUCGCAAGCAGGACCCGCCCACUUACGUCGACUGGUACUACUCGAGCGACACCUCCGCCGGCAUCGACCUCGGUUUCGGGUUCGCGACCAAGUUCCUCGACGCAAAGAUCUCGAGCUCCGGCCAGGUCGUCAUCUUCGCCAGCACGAUGGCCAUGGAAGGCUACGACCGCGAUGCGAGUCUCAAGCUCUCGAACGGCGCCGACGAGAUGAUCAAGUACAUCGCGGCCCGCCACAAGGACGUCAUCAUCGUCGUCAGCGCGCCCGGACCCGUCGCGAUGGACUGGGCUUCGCACGCCAACAUCACCGCCAUCCUCUACACCUACUUCCCGACCACCGAAGCUGGCACCGCCAUCGCGUCGGUCCUCUUCGGCGAUGUCAGUCCGAGCGGCAAGCUGCCCUUCACGCUCGCCAAGAAGGUUUCGGACUACCCUGUCAACAAAUACGACGGUCCGAUCAAGUCGAACCCGGUCGCCAAAUUCAGCGAGGGCGUCUUCCUCGACUACAAGCACUUCGAGCAGAAGGGCAUCAAACCUCUCUACCCCUACGGCUUCGGAAUGACCUACACCUCCUUCUCCCUUUCCGACCUCGCCAUCUCUCGCACGCCCAAGCACCGCAAGGCUGCCGUCCGCGAGACGAACGAGCGCCUCUUCGUCGAGGGCAAGGCUGUCUCGGGCCUGUACGACGUCGUCUACACCGCUCGCGUCAAGGUACACAACACGGGCAAGGUCGCAGGUGCCGAGGUUCCGCAGCUCUACCUCACCUUCCCCUUGUCGACGCCUCGCAAGAUGCCCGCUCACUCGCUCCGCGGCUUCGACAAGGUGCACCUCAAGCCGGGCCACUCGGCGACCGUCACCUUCGAGCUCCGCAACAAGGACCUCGCCGUCUGGGACGUCAAGCGCCAAGGCUGGACGAUCCCGAAGGGCACGUACAAGGUCAGCGUCGGCACCGACAGCUCGACGCUCCCGCUCAGCAAGACGUUCGUGUACUAG